AUGGCCUCACAGCAAACAGGUAGCAGGAAGCGGAAAGCGCCCGCCGCAAGCUCGUCGUCUCAGGGCUCAGUGGCGGCGGACGCAGAGGGGCCGCUGCCGCCCAAGAAGCAGAAGCCGCAGGCGACGCGGCGCUCGCUGGUGCACUACGUGAAGGACCGCGAGGUGGGUGCACGGGGCGGCACCUGGCUGUCUGGUUCCAAGGGCGAACUGCGGGGCUACGCGGUUCAGAAGCUGCCGGAACUGUUGAGGGAGCGCGAGCUGGCCCUGGGCCCCCUCAACAAGGUGUUCGCGUCUCAGUGGCUGAACGCCAGGCAGGUGGUGUGCGGCACCAAGUGUAACACCCUCUUCGUGGUGGACGUGCACUCGGGGCAGAUCACGCGCAUUCCUCUGAUGCGGGACCGAGGAUCCUGGAUGGCCCGGGCCCAGCCGAACUGCGGCAUCCACCCGAACUGCGGCAUCCACGCCAUCGAGCUGAGUCCCUCCAAGACGUUUCUGGCCACCGGAGGAGAGAAUCCCAACAGCCUGGCCGUCUACCAGCUGCCCACUCUAGACCCCGUGUGCCUGGGCGACCGCCAUGGCCAUAAGGACUGGAUCUUCACCAUCGCCUGGAUGAGCGAUACUGUGGCUGUCAGCGGCUCCCGCGAUGGCACUGUGGCUCUGUGGCAGAUGGACCCCGACAUGUUCAACGGCAGCAUGGCCUGGCAGAAUGACGCAGGGCUUCCUGUGUAUGCCCACAUCCGUCCCAGGGACAUGGAGACCAUCCCCAGGUCCAGCACCAGCCACACUAACCGCAAGGUGCGGGCCUUGGCCUUCAGCGGCAAGAACCAGGAACUGGGAGCGGUGUCCCUGGAUGGCUACUUCCACCUGUGGAAAGCCCGGAGCACCCUGUCCAGGCUACUGUCCAUCAGGCUGCCCUACUGCCGAGAGAAUGUGUGCCUGACCUACUGCGAAGAGGUGUCCUUGUACGCAGUGGGCUCCCAUUCCCAUGUCUCCUUUCUAGAUCCACGUCAAUGCCAGCAGAACAUCCGGCCUCUGUGCUCCAGAGAUGGCGGCACUGGCGUGCGCUCACUGAGUUUCUACCAGCACAUCAUCACCGUGGGCACGGGCCAGGGCUCCCUACUCUUCUAUGACAUCCGUGCCCAGAAGUCCCUGGAGGAGAGGGCUUUGGCCAGCCCGGACUCCUGUCCUGGGCCCUCAGGAAGGAAGCUCAGGCUCACCUGUGGCAGAGGCUGGCUCAACCAUGAUGCCCUGUGGGUGAACUACUUCGGUGGCAUUGACAAUUUCCCCAAUGCGCUCUACACCCACUGCUACAACUGGCCUGAAAUGAAGCUCUUCGUGGCUGGAGGGCCUCUCCCUUCAGGCCUCCACGGGAACUACGCAGGCCUCUGGAGCUAAGGAUGGCCAAUGUGUUCUCAAAGUGCCCAGAUUUACCUUCCAGUCCCCUCUCACUCUCUUCUUCACGCUGUGUUCUGUGCUUUUUAACUCAGUGUGGCAUUUGUCUUCUAGGUUGAAAGUGCCCAACUUACCUGUGCUUACCUGGGAAAGAGAGAAAGAGAGAAAAUGAAAGUGAUCUUUGGGAAAUCAAAAGUUGGCUUUAAGGUUUUCCUUUUCCUCUCCCAACACCACCAUGUAUUUCGCCUUCUCUUACAAAGAAUUUUGUCUGAUCCUUAAUUGUGCUCUCCGAGUGAUUGACAUAUGCUGUGGGUUUUUUUGGCUGUUGUAGAGGUGGUUCCCACUACAAUUCAGUACUUUUUUACUAAAAUUUCAACAGUAUGUUCAGAUCUUCCACACAUUUCAUAUGUAUGGUAUUUUGGGAAAAUGUAUGCUAAAAAGUAUCUUUGGGGCUGGUUGGAGGAACUACCCAUCAUAUAUAUAACAUAGCAGGGGUAUAGCCCUGCUCUAGAAAAUACAUUUUAAUAUCUGGAUUGCCACGAUUUGGAGCCUUUUUCAUUUAGACUUUGAAACCUGGUUGUUUGUUGUUUGUAUAUUUUUGGUACAUAAAAUAUUUAAAAAUAUGUUU